UCAAAAUCAUGACGUAAGAAGAAUCUUCCGUUCUUCCUCCAUCAGAAAUGUCAGCCUCCAUCGGAAACAUGUCUUUGACACUGUGUUGCAGGGCAAAAGUUGCACAAAGAGCAUUUUAUCCAGCUAUACGUACACUUAGUGUUGGAUCUUGCGUAAAAGCACAAAACAGCUCUGAUAGAGCACACGGUGUUAUUGAAUCCACUGCAGAGUACAGUUUUGUGGAAAGGCUUAUUCCUCCAUCACGCAUCCCAAAUCCCCCUAAACACAACGGACCUGCUCCAUCAGGAUGGAUCCCACCACCAGAUACACCACCUUCCCUGCCUUACAUGAUCCGUCGCUCGCGAAUGCACAAUGUGCCCGUGUAUUCUGACAUAAAAUAUGGAAAUCAACACAGCACUCUGCUCAGAAAGAUCGAGGGAGACAUUUGGGCACUGAACAAGGACGUUAAGGAAUUUCUGCUUGGGCUCACAGGCAAAGAUCCUCCAACACAGGUCAAUGAAGUAACAGGGACCAUCAGAAUUAAAGGACCAUUUGAAAAAGAGCUAAAGGACUGGCUACUAAAUAAGGGAUUUUAAUUUUUGAUUCACUGUACUGUAGAGAGGAAACAUGACAAAGAUUUCUAAUACCUAAAUAUGGACAAAUAAAUUCACACAAUUGUCCCUGA